UGUCACCGCUUGUCAAAGAAAGCUCUCCGAUACCGUUUUCGAUACUACACCAAUGCCAUCGCUGCCCUUGCUCUUACUCAGCGCGGUAGUCUUUGUCGCGUACUUGUUGUUGCGCCGCCAGACACCACAGCUUCCGAGACUGAGUCUCAUCGCGGCGCUCGCAACAUCAUGGAGACAUUCAACAACAGAGGAGGAGCUUCGCGAGCAACACAAGGUCCUUGGUACGACCUUCUCGUACCAAGCGCUUCUACAGAAACGACGCAUCAUUACCGUAGACCCUUUGGCUCUUCAUUACGUUCUCAGCAAGAAGAGCUUCAACUACCCGAAGUCGAGCAAGGCAAAGGCCAUCCUUACCUUUCAGUUUGGAGAUGGGUUUAUUCUUCACGACCAUGCGUCUCAUUACUUCAAGAGGCGGGCAGCAGCUGCCAUGAUGACGCAGCAAGCGGUGGAAACAAUGUCUAGCGACAUGCACAGAGCAGCUUUAGAGCUCGUUGAGGAUAUGGAGAAAAGCAUUCAGAACGACGCGCUGGUAAAUGUCUUCGACAUUUGCGGGGCAGGUGUCACGAGGGCAGUAUUACGCUGCCUUUUCCGGACAGACGGAAGAGAAGAAGCAAUAAGUCCUCGAGAUACAUUCAGCAGGAUCUCUUCUUUGUGCAGGCAAGUUUGGCAGAAUCCGUUGGCUGCAGCGCAGAUGUUCGUCUCGAUCCCUUGCAUUAGAGCCUGCGGCAAAACCGGCAAGCACCGUAGUGCUGUCCAUGAGACCAUAUCAAGGAUAAGGAUGGCGCAUCAGGAUUCGGACGACCACAAGAAUAUGAUCCAUGAACUUGCACCUCACUGCUCAAGCCCCAACGAAGAAGUAAAAGAAGCAGUCCUGGUGCUUGCGGGAGCAACCGACUCAACUGCAUCGACAAUGAGCUUCUUACUAUAUGAGCUCGCAAAAGACUCCGAAACUACGGACAGACUUUACUCCAUCGCACAGGAAGGGGAAGCGAGCUGGACACGGCAUCCCUUCGUAAUCGCUGUCGUCAAGGAAGCACUGAGAUUGCACAGCGCUAUUCCCUACACAGAACGAGUGUGUCUCUCCGAUGACUUGAUCCCGCUAUCGAAACCCUACACGAUUGAUGAACGCUCAGUUUCAGCGAUUGCAAUCAAGAGAGGGGACAUACUAGGGAUAUCAUGGGAUCUCAUCAACACCUCCAGCCAGCUUUGGGGGGAAGAUUCCACAUCGUUCAGACCACAACGUUGGUUGACGGGAAACCGGGCACACGUGAGCUUCGGCAUCGGGCGAGACGCUUGCAUCGGGUCAAGAUUCGCGAACGCUCUUCUUACCAUUAUACUCUAUCACAUCGUCAUGCGGUGUCGUGUGGAGCGCAAUGAGGGCUUGCGCAUCACAUGGUCCAGCAACAUCGUUCGACGUCCAUCAGUGUUUGGAUCAACAUUAUCCUUUGCCGAGAUGCCAUUGUGUAUCAGCUCUCGUUGAGCAUCCUUCGAAUGGCAAGGUUAUAUUCGGUGUCACAUAAGCAACAAAGGGCUGAAAUCUAGUUCUGGACAAAGUG